AUGCCGGGCAUUAAUGCAUCUCGCUCUAGCAACCUCAACGUCCUUCAGCACGACUCCGCCCAGGACUUCCUCUCAUUCACAGCCCCCUUCCUCCGCCGCCACGAAGCCUCGUCCAACAUCGUGCUCGCCCAUGCCCUCAAGCGCGUCGACGCCCAGUCGGCGCUCAGCGGCUUCGAAUUCACGUCCGAGUCCGAUGUGUACGCGCGCCUGUCCUCAGCUGAUGCGGAUUCGUGUGCUCCUCGCGCGACCAGAGGCGCGUUCUGGCUCACUGUAUGGAGCCACGCCUCUGCAUCAAGUCCGCCCACCCUCGACCUCGUCCUUUCCUGUGUCGACUGGACCUUGGGCGACUAUCCCAUCUUCCUUUGGACGCCCAACCGCGUCUCUGCGUCAUCCAGCGCGUGGCUCGGCCCCCGGAUGGCAGAGCUCACCGAGCAUCUGAACCGCUGUGUGCCGCCGGAGCGCGUCUACUCCGUCUUCGGCCUCACCUCGCUCGUCAAGGCGUUCGCGCGCACCUGGACACAGCUCACCGGCUUUACCGUCGAGCCCGAGCCGUUCUACGCCGCCCUGUUCUCCUACUGCAACGCGCGCACGUUCCGCGAGUCCAACGCCCCGCUCCCGGAGGGCCACUGCUUGCGCAAGGCGACCAUGGCGGACCUCGAGCCCGUUGCACAGCUCUGCAAGGAGUUCGCUGAUGACACGAUCGUGUUCCCCCUGAGCAUCGAGCGCGCGCGCGUCGAGGCCCGCGAGCUCAUCGCGAAGGGCCUCCUCUGGGUGUACGACGCCGCGGGCGACAUCACCACCAUCUGCGCCGUCACGCGCAACAGCCACCGAGUGUCCGCGAUCACGAAGGUGUACACCACCCCGCGCUGGCGGAGGAACGGGUGUGCCGAGUACCUCGUGCGCGCAGUUACCAGCCAGUUGCUCUUCAAUGUGGGGAAGGAGUCCGUCGUGCUCUACGUCGGACACGAAAACAGCGCGCAACGCGUGUACGACCGAGUUGGCUUCGCGGGCCUCUGUGGCAAGGACAAGCCCGAUGCCGUCGAGGACUCCCUCGAGCUCGGCUUCGUUGGUACCGACCGGGGACACUGGUAAAUCAGCCCCCUUCCCGUUCGACAGUCUCGGCGAACUUGGCUGGCCCUAGCAGACUUUGUGCAGCGUCCCCUACGUGACCCCACGAAACUGUAGCACUAGAUUAUUCCUAUUCGUAUCCUUGAUUAGUAGCUUGAUUAUUCGCGUUCCACUAUCCCGCCCCCUCUCCUAGUACUUUGCAAAUUACUGUCUACUCUUGCUAUAUCUACAGUACCAUUACGCUGAUAGUUCACGUAUAAUUAAAACUGUUCCC